AUGACCACGUGGCGCCGAGGUCACGUGACAAGCAGGCUACGAGUUGCAGGCGUUCAUCAGUUCGAAGUGGAGACGAGUAACGGGAUCAAACUAAUGCAGAGAAUCGAACCAAUGAGUGGAGAUGCUGGUGGCGGUUCCAUCACGUCAGGCGCGUAUCAAUUCACACACCCAGACGGAACACUGCAUGAGCUCUCCUAUGUGGCAGACGAGAAUGGCUUUCGUCCCGUCUCCAACAUGAUCCCAGUGGCGCCCCUCAGUCCACACCACGCCCCCCUCCACCACGCCCCGCCACGCCCCAAGGUCAACCCAGUACUCCCAUUCCCACACUCCCGGUACGACGAACACCAGUCCAGCCCACCCAGUACGACCCACCACGCCCCCAGUACCACCCUGCAGCCCGUCACCCACCACCACCACCACCACCACCACCACCUACCCAGUUCACUCCUCAGGCCAACCGGUACACUCCCCCAGUUUCCCGGUUCGCCUCCCCACCCACUCCAGCACCCUACGUUUCCCAGAGCUUCCAGUUUAAUCCACCAGCUCCCCAGUACAAGGAGCCACCCCAGUACAGUCCUAGUUCCUCAAUACCAGGAGGAUUUACCCCAGUAUACACCUUCACUCCCCAAGUACGAGAAACCCCAGUUGAAGGAGGCAUUUCAGCACACUCCCCCAGUUCCCCAGUACAAGGAUGAAGAGCCCCAGUAUGAGGAAGAUGCAGAAAAUCACCAGUUUACAAGAAGUGCCCAGUAUUCCAGACCAGUUUCCCAGUACCAGGUUAAAACAUCGGUUCCCCAGUACGCUAAAGACGUCUCAAAGGUGGAAGAUAAAGAAAUAAAGCCCCAGUACACUCCCCCGGUACCCCAGUAUGCAAAACCAGCUCCCCAGUUUAAGGAAAAAGUGAUCCAGGAAGCCAUACCGGGACUCGAACACGAGGAAAAGACAUCCCAGUUUAAAGAGGAGAAAGAUGAGCCUAAUGAAGACUCCCAGUACACCAUACCGGGUUCCCAGUAUAAAGAGAUUGCUACGUAUUCAUUCCCAGUUCAAGAACCUGAAUAUAAGGAUGAGAAGCUACCCCAGUAUAAGGAAGCUUCAUCCCAGUAUCAGGAGGAGCCCCAGUACGUACCGGGACCCCAGUAUAAAGCGGAGACUAUGCCAGUAGAUGAUAAGAAAGAAGAUAAGGCAGAAGAAAACAUAACCCAGUAUGAAAAAGAUCCCCAGUACACGGAAAACCUCUCCCAGUAUGACCAACAGGACUCCCAGUACAAUGAAGACCUCCCCCAGUAUAAAGAAGACUCCCACCUUCAACUAGACCUCUCCCAGUAUGAAAAGGAUGACCCCCAGUUUAAAGAAGGUCUCUCCCAGUACACAGAAGACCCCUCCCAGUAUAACGAGGACUCCCAGUAUGAAAUAGACCCCUCCCAGUACGACCAAUCAAACUUACAGCAAGAAAACACAGAUUCCCAGUACAAGGACCUCCCCCAGUUUAAGAGAGACUCCCAGUUUAACAUUGAUCUCCCCCAGUAUGAAAAACCAGACACUGACCCAACGGAAGACCACCACCAGUACCAGAAAGACCCCUCCCAGUAUGAAAAUGAAGACUCCCAGUUUAAAGAAGACUCCCAGUAUGAAAAGAAAGACCCCCAGUAUAAAGAGGAUUUCUCCCAGUAUUCAGAGUCCCAGUAUAAAGAACAGUCCCAGUUUGAAAAGAAAGACUCCCAGUACAAAGACGACUUCUCCCAGUAUUCUGAGUCCCAGUAUGAAAAGAAAGAUCCCCAGUACAAAGAGGAUUUCCCCCAGUAUCCUGAGUCCCAGUCCCAGUAUAAGGAAGACACCCAGUACACAGACCCCUCCCAGUAUGAGGAACCGGACUCCCAGUAUAACGAAGGCCAGUCCCAGUAUCAGCAGGAACCCCAGUAUAAGACAGACCUACCCCAGUAUGAAGACCUCCACCAGUACGACCAACGGCAAGACCACGAGGUAAGCCCAUCCCAGUACACUUCAUCCGUCCCCCAGUACACGGAACCCCAGUUUACGUCAGAGGGGAGCGAGGAGCCUAAAUAUGGAGAGAAAAUGAGAGUAGCCAAGUCAGAAGAGGAAGAGGAGGACCAGUACCCUUCAUUAUUCAUUAACCAGUAUGACGACCAGUAUGACGACCAGUAUGACGACCAGUAUGAGCCUCAGUUCGAGCUACAGCAAGAGGCAACACUGUUUUACCCAGUAGUGGCGAGAGAUUUCCAGCCUCCUGAUCUUUCGACUUUCAGAUUUCCAGAGCCUCCUGUGACUCUCAAACCAGCGAGAUUUAGGGACAUUCCUGUGUAUAUACCAGUCGAUCUGCGCUCCCACUUCUCCUCCACGUCCUCCACGAAUGACACACACCCGCAGGAGGCGCUGACGGAGGGUAGGAGUGAGGAACUAAGCCAUUCAAGGGAGUCAUUUGGCGAGGCAGGGAAAGUCAAUAGUUUUGUGAGUAAAGAUGAGAAAGAGGAGGAAGAAGAUAGCCAUGUGGGAAACUCAGAGGAAUUCUAUACCGGUGAGGAAAGAGAGUCAUUUACCGGUACGUCUUUCUCACUGCCAUUCACGGAGGAGGAGAUAUAUACUAGUGAAGGAAGGGAAGCAUCCACUUACACCAGUACAUCAGAAGAAAUAUAUACCGGGGAACUGGGAGAGGAAAAGCCAGCUCCCGGUACUGAAUCAACAACAGAGCAAAUAUACACAGACGAAGAAAGGGAACAGCUUACACAUACCAGUAAACCAGAACAGAAAUCUACCCCCAGUACUUCACACACUAAUGAAACACCAGCGCAUGAAACCCAGUACUCAGACACUUCACCAGUUAAUUCUAGCCAGGUUUCUGAGACUACAACAACCCAAACCGGUGCAGAACAGGUCAAGGUGUCUGAAAGUGAAGCAAACCUCAAACAAGUCGAGAUAGACAGUCCAAUGAAAGGUAAAACAGACCAGGAACAAGAUCACCAUUUAGGAGGAACUAAUACGGCUUCUACUGAGACUAAGGGCACGUUAGGGAAGCCUCAGGGACACAAGGAAGGGAGGAAUACUGAAGGGGAAGAAGAAGGUGUAGGUGAAGGACAGAAAGAGUCUAAAAAGAAGUUAGAGUGAGGUUGAAAGUGGGAGAGUAAGAGAUAAUGGACUUUAAACUUAUUCAUUUGGGCUUUUUAAACUGUGCUGUUAACUUGUGGAGGAGGAAGAGGAGGAGGAGUAGGAGGAGGAGGAGGAGGAGGAGGAGGAGAUAGAUAAGUGCUUCCUCCAAAACUCUCUCCAUUUUCUUUCUCUUUCCUUCACUUAUUAUAAUAU